AUGCUAUCGGCAUCAGAUGCUGCCAUCAUGGAGCACGUCCCUACCCUUUCCCAAUCAGCCUUGGCAGCAACUUCGAGCUCUCAGAGCAAUGUGCCACUGGAACAGCUCUACGAUAUCUCACGCACAGCCGAACGUGUGCUCGCCGUCGAGCCACUACCGCGCAGCAUUGUGUUGCAGUUCCCCGACGAAGCUUUGCAGGAUUCUGUGCCCAUCUUUUGGGCUUUGCAGCGACGGAUCUCUGCCCUCGCAUCUCAGAAGCAGCUGGAUUGGCAGGGCAGGCUGUACGUGGCUGCUGAUACGAGCUACGGCAAUUGCUGCGCCGACGAAGUGACCGCUCAGCACGUCGAUGCCGACUUGGUCGUCCACUAUGGACACGCAUGUCUCAGUCCUACGAGGCGUCUACCAGUCAUCUACGUCUUUCCCAAACUGCCGAUAGAUGCGCAACUCGCUGCUUCUGCGCUGGUGGCGGAAGUGCAACCUCUCGUAGGCACCUCCGAUCAAUCACGCUGCAAGCAGGCGGUCUUGUUGCUGUACGACGUGAGCUACGCUCACGCUGCUGCGGAGGUCAACGAGCAGAUCGGAGCGCAGUUUUCUGCUCAAGGGAUCAAUCUUUCCACCGUCCUCACGCACCUCGAGACCGAAGGCAACAUCGCAGAGUCUGCUUCUGCAGUCACACGACACCCCGAUUCCUUGCUGUCCGCUUCAUCGGGAAUGGCUUGCAAAGACGAGAAUGGUGGUGGUGAUGUUCAGCACAUGACUGGCAUCGAUAGCGGUCUGGGGUCUGGCAGGCGCUUCAGUCUUCCAGACGGAGUCUCGCUCGAGGACAGUGUAGUUUGCUAUCUUGGAGGCGAGUCUCUCGCACUGACCAAUGUGCUACUCAGGCUCGGUCCCAGCGUCGCAGUCGUAUCUUACGAUCCUAGAAGGCCGUCUGGCAAGGAUGCGCGCCAGGAGACGGGCUCUACAAACAAGCUAUUGAUGAAGCGAUAUGUGGCGGUGCAGCGGACAAGAGAUGCAAAGGUCGUAGCGCUCCUGGUUGGGACCCUUGGCGUGGCAGCAUACCUGCCACUCUUAUCUCAUCUCCGCAAACGAUUACAAGAGACGGGCAGACGCGUCUACACUAUCAGCGUAGGCAAGCUGACACCCGCCAAGCUGGCCAAUUUCUCAGAGAUCGACGUCUUUGUGCUGCUUGCGUGUCCGGAAAACAGCUUGGUGGAUGCGACGGGCAGGACGCAUAGCAGUCGAGACUUCUACAAGCCCAUCGUCAGUCCCUUUGAGCUGCUGCACGCGCUCAAGGAGGAGGCUGAUGGGACUCAUAGCUGGAGCGGCAAGUACGAACUUGAAUUGUCCACGCUUUUGCGGGAUUCCAAGCUCGAUUCGCGAACCGCGGAGUCCUCGGAGAAGGCGAGUGAAAGGGAUGGGCCAGACUCAGAUGAGGAACCCCACUACUCCCUCAUCACGGGCGGCUACGUCUCUCGAGCGCAGAAGCCCGCGCGAGAGCAUUUCGGCUCUAGCGCAACAUCGCAAGCACUCUCCAAAGAAGCCAAGCCUGCUGCCGGAGAAGUGGUGGUGCGAAAUGCUGAUGGGACAUUGACGCGGGUACUGGACAGUUCCGCGGGUAGACACUUGGCUAAUCGAACCUGGCGGGGACUACAAGGCAGACCGGCUGGAGAAACUCCCAGCGUGCUUGCUGUGGGUCGUGCGGGCACGGCUAGCGGCUAUGCUGAUACUUCUGGCUUGGCUGAAGGAAGGGAAGGUGUAGGAGCUGGAUCGAGGAUAGUAGCUAGCUCCAAGACUGCCGAGCCUGCGUCACCUGUGCACACAGCGAUCGAGUGCUCGAGCAAGCCGACCUCUGAGCUCUCCACUGGCAAUGUGGAACGCGAGAUUGAUACCUCGGACGACGAAGAAUUUGAUCUUGAACCAUUGUAG